AUGAGAUCAAUGUCUCGUCUUCGCGACCCAGUGGAUUACGUCUCUAACGCAAAACAUCGAUGGACUGGUCAUAUAAUGAGAAGAACAGAAGACAGAUGGACACUGAGAACUCUGAAAUGGAUCCCUCGAAAAGCAAAACGUUCGAGGGAGAUUAACGACCAGCUGGUAACGAAUAAUGGAUCUGCCUCGCGAACGUCGCCGCCGCAGUUCAAUAUCAAAAUCGAUGACGCUAGCGAGAGACAGAACGGAUGGAAACAGUGCUGUGGUCUGCACGACAAGUGA